CGGCCGGAAUUAAGGAGUUCGAUUUUAGUAAUAAUCCCAACUUGGAAACAAUUAAUAUCAAGGGAAAUGGUGUUGAGGCGGACCUAAGCAUUUUUUCCAACUUGCCGAAACUACGAAGACUAGAAAUCGGAAUUAAUGCGACAUGGAGUAUAGGGACAAGUAAUAAUUUUUCUGGCUCCUUGGCUAGUUUAAAAAACUGUGAAAAUUUGGAAUAUUUGGAUAUUUCUUACCAGAACGAAAUCACCGGGAACCUAUUAGAAGACUUAAUAGUUCCCAUGCCCAAAUUAACUGAAUUUUAUUGUGCGGGAACUGAAUUUGAUGAACUUUUGCGACCCUCUGGUUAUAACACGAACGAUUUAAGAUUACUCUACCAGCAAAGCAUCGACAAAAAAUUACAACUAGAACGAGAACGUCAAAAAGAAAAGCAAAACCAUUUUAAAAAAAUUCUCCUUUAUAGUUUUGGCUUGUUUCUGUUGUGA